UCACUGAUAGUGGGCCUUGGCGUGGGGGAAUGCCAGGCCUCAUUAUAGAGGGUACAGACAGGCGGUUGGGCAAUGGCGAGGGCCUGAUUUCACCCCAUACACAAGAACUGGGACAAUUUAAUUUUCUCAAUCCAAAACGGUCUCAUUCUCAACUUCAGUGGAGCCGUUGCUCGUCAAAUCAGGAUGGACAGCUUGGAGAAGCAGCUUAUUUGUCCCAUUUGUCUGGAAAUGUUCACGAAACCGGUUGUGAUUCUUCCUUGUCAACACAAUCUUUGCCGGAAAUGUGCUAAUGACAUUUUUCAGUCCUCAAAUCCAUACCUUCCCACCAGAGGAGGCAGCGUGACGUCAGGUGGCCGUUUUAGGUGUCCAUCCUGCAGACAUGAAGUUGUGCUGGACCGCCAUGGUGUCUACGGUCUGCAGAGAAACCUUUUGGUGGAAAACAUCAUUGACAUGUACAAACAGGAGUACAUCAGCAGACCUUCUCCUGAGAGGAAGGAUGACCAGCCGAUGUGUGAGGUCCAUGAGGACGAGAAAAUCAACAUAUACUGCCUGACCUGCAGCGUCCCUACUUGUUCUAUGUGUAAAGUGUUCGGCUCCCAUAAGGACUGUGAAGUGGCCCCUCUUAACAGUAUUUACCAGACGCAAAAGACAGAGCUCACGGAUGGAAUAGCAAUGAUGGUGGGCAAUAAUGACAGAAUCCAAGGCAUCAUCAGUCAGUUGGAGGAGACCUGCAGAACCAUAGAGGAAAAUGGCAGGCGACAGAAGUCCAAUGUGUGUGAAAAGUUUGACCACUUGUACGCCAUCCUGGAGGACAGGAAGAGCGAGAUGAACCUGAAAGUAAACGCUGAACAGGAAGAGAAACUGAAUUACUUACGUGGCCUUACAAGGAAGUAUGGAGAUCAUCUGGAGACCAUGACUAAAAUCAUGGAGACAGGAAUCCAGACACUGGAAGAACCUGAGAUGGCUGUUUUCUUACAGAAUUCCAAACCCCUCUUUCAAAAAAUUGCAGAGGCAUCGAAUACCUCGCACCUGGAGCGAGUGGAGCGCGGCUAUGAGAACAUGGAUCUUUACUCUGUGAGCUUCAAGAGAGAAGCCAGGGCCCUACGCAAUAUCGACUUCACCAGAGAUGAUGAUGAAGAGGAGGAGGACGAGGAUGAGGUGGCCAUCGAUGUGGACGACCGGGCAGGGCAGACAGCCUCAGGAGAAGUGGACUCACUGGGCCAGUUGUUCGAAACCCUACCACCCCUCCUGCCCCCACAAACCCUGAGCACACGCAAACCCGCCACAUCAUCCUAACUUCACAAAGUGCACAUGCCAACAUGAAUAUUGAUCCAACAUUCUUUUUGCAACCUCUUCACAACAAUAAGGACACCUACAGCUGUAAAACAGACUUUUUUACCAGUGAAUUUCAGAGGCUGGUACUUUUUUUUGUUUUGUUUCUGUUACGGCUUUAGAUCAGUCAGUACAUGACUAAAUAUAAAUAUAGAUGAUUUAAGAAACCCUUCCAAGAUUUGUGGUGUUGUUUACUGCGUAGGGAGUGUUCACGUGGUUUCAUUGCAGUUGGCACAGCAGUGGUAUUUGAGUUAUGAAUGAUAUGAUUCGCUGUUCUGAAUUUCAUAUUUAUAAACGUCAACGACAAAUAAAAGGUUACUCUUA